AUGUACUUCAAAAUCGUAGCAGUCAGCAUUCUUGUGGCAGUCUGCCAUGCGGGCAUCAUCGACGAGGGACACGGCCAUGCCGUCUCAUCCCAAAGCAUUGUCCGCCACGACCAGCCCACUAAUGGAGCCACACACUACGCUCCCAUAGUUUCUCACGCUGCUCCCGUCUUGACCCAUGCUGCUCCAAUUGUUCACCACGCUGCUCCUCUCCUCCACUCCGCCCCCGUCGUUCAACAUGUCGCCGCGGUGUCCCACUCGGCACCAAUCGCUCUAGCUCAUGCAGAACAGAUCGAAGACCACGCACCAGCUCACUACGAAUUCUCCUACUCAGUCGAAGACCCACACACUGGUGACCACAAAUCUCAGCACGAAAGCCGCGAAGGAGAUGUUGUAAAAGGAGAAUACUCUCUGGUCCAGCCCGAUGGUGCCGUAAGAACCGUCGAAUAUACCGCUGAUGCUCACAAUGGCUUCAACGCUGUCGUGCACAACUCCGCUCCAUCAGCCCAUGCUGCUCAAACUCAAGCAGAGCACGCAGGCUCCGUGGUCCAUGCCGCGCCCGUUGUUCACGCCGCGCCCGUGGUCCAUGCUGCUCCCGUCGUCCAUGCUCCCAUUGUUCAUGCCGCUCCAUUGGUUCACGCCACUCCCGUGAUCCACGCGACACCUUACCUAGCCCACCAUUAA